AUGGACGAGGCGCUCUGGAUGGUUGCGGCGCGAUCGGCGACUUGGGCUUGGGAGACCAUGGUGUCUGUGGUGUGGUGUGGUAGGACAGGUGGUCAACACCGGGGCCCAGAUCCCACAACAGCAGGGAAGAGUCGAGAGUGGGACAAAAAUGAUUUGUUGAUCGAACACCAUGGGAUUGUUCCUCGGGUUGUUGGUUCGGGCGGCGGUUUCCUGCCGAACCAAGACAAUCACCUGCCGGAAACAACCACGCCGGAUUCAAUAGUUUACUUAAUAUCCUAUCCUGCCUCGACCGGGAGCCCCGCCGAAUUCGCUAGCGACAUCGACGGCGACAUCAAUACCGAACCCGAACGUCCCUCCUCGCCCGAAUCACCCCACCUUCGGGUUCCUCAACGGCGCUCCAAACGCAAGGAAGUCUCGAGGAAAGCGCGCGGCGUCAUCGGCAAAGUUCGAGGACUCCGGCGCAUCGCAGCGGAUAAGAUGGCGCAUCCGACCAUCAAAAUCGACACCAACGUCCAGACCAAGCGCGGGCUGGAAGACAGCGAGGUGGGCCUGGGGGUGGUGGCCGAUCACAACCCGGGGGUAGGAGUGGACGAAGAGGAUAUCCCGCCGUUUUUGCGACAAUCUGUGGCUGACAUUCACGAAAAGUUCGACGAUCUGGAAUGGAUGCAACGGACGCGUCUGGCCGAAGGCACGCUCUCCAAUGAUCCCUUGCACCGCUGGGCGCUCGAGACCGAUCCCAAGGUCCGGGCGAGGAACCGCUAUAUGAACGUGCAGGCCUGGGCGAACCACCGCAUCCAUCUACGCGUGCCCGACGGCGAGUGUGAUUUCAUCAACGCGUCCCCAAUCACUUUGAAGGACACAGUCACGCUGGAGCGGCGGAACUAUAUCGCAACGCAGGGCCCCAAGCUCGGGCAUCUCCCGGAUUUUUGGCACAUGGUAUUCCAUGAGAGCAAGGAGGUGGGGGUGAUUGUCAUGCUCACCCAAACCUUUGAGUCAGGGCGGGAGAAGUGCGCCCAGUAUUUCCCUUUGGACACAGAGCAGGCUACAAUGAUGUUCUCGGCGGUGGGCGAGUCCGAUCCGUCCGUGGCCAACGAUACAUCGGGCAAAUUUCACACAGAAGCCCCCGGGAAAGUCACAUUGUUGGAGCUGGCCUUUGAUCCCAAGUCGCGGUCCGAAAUCCGCAAGCUGGAGUUGACUAUCGGCUCGGAAUCGAAGAUCGUGUGGCAUUUCCUCUUUGCCGGCUGGGCUGAUUAUUCCAAACCAGAGGGGAGUGACCGUGACGCUCUUCUCGAACUGAUCAGGGUCUCGGCCUCCAAAUCCAGCCCGGACAACCCGCGGAUCGUGCACUGCAGCGCUGGCGUUGGCCGGACAGGAACCUUCAUUGCGCUCGACCACCUGCUGUGCGAGCUUGAGUCGGGCCAGCUGCUGACCGUGAUGGACCCGGAGCUAGAUCCCGUCUUUGAAACCGUCAAUCAAAUGCGCGAACAGCGAAUGAUGAUGGUGUACAAUGAAAUGCAAAUGCAGUUCAUCUACGAGGUCCUCCGGGAGCAGACUGAUCGCAAGCUGGGCAAAGUCCCCAAGUUCCAAGUCAGCAGUGUCUCAGAGGAGCGGUCUCCCAAGGUCGCCAAGCUGAGUGAUCAGACAGAUUAUCUGCCGCCACCCAAACCGGAGCUGGAGGAAGUCUCAGAUGGGUUAGCUACUCCGCUCCGGAGCUGGUCUGGCACGCCCCCGGUCUCUGAUAAUGAAUGA